GCCCGGUUCGGUCGCUUUCGGGCGGAUUCGGGCGCUCGCCCGUUCGGGCCUCUCCGUUCGGGCCGACGAAGGGGAAUUCGGGUGCGAUCGGAGAGGACUCGGCUCAGCUCGGCUCUCCUCGCGCCCGCUUCACCCGCCUUCGGGCGCGAUCGGAAAAGACUCGAGCGGACUCGGGAUUCUUCGACCCUUUGGGCCGGACCACUCGGGGACUCGGCCCUGUUCGGGCGGGCUCGGGUUUCCCCCCCGCCCCGAUCUCUGUCAGGUAUCGCUUCGGGCCGCGCUUCCACGGACUCGGCCGGGCUCGGCUGCGUCCCGCCUCGGGAUUGGCCGGCCGGCGGGAAACGCGGGCCCGCGCGUCGGGAGCCAUCGCCGGCCUUCGGAGGCGGCCUGGAGAGACUCGGGACAGUUCGGGCUUCAUCGGAAGCGGCUCGGAAGCGCUCGGGGAAACAAACGUUCGGAAACGCUCGGGCGAGUUCGGCACCGCUCGGCCGCCCGCCGCAAAGCGCUCGAGUGACCCCGGAGCGACCCCCCGCCCCCGUCUCUCGCCACACACCUCGCGGCCCCCUCCCCAGCGGCGGUCGGGGCGGGGGGCGGCGGGCGUUGGGGCCCGCUCGGGGCGGCUCGGCUGUCCCCGCCCGCCGGCCGCCUCGGAUGGAGGACGCCGAGUCGGCGGCGAAGCAGCUGGGCUUGGCGGAGGCGGCUGCGGCGGCGGCGGCCGCGGCGGCCGCGGAAGGACCCCAGCAAGAGCAGCAGCCGCCGCGAGAGGCGGCCCCGGAGGCGGAGCCCGAGGAGGAGGAGGAGGAGGCGGCGGCGCGAGUGACGGCGGUGACGGUGAUGGCGGCAGGGGCCGAGCACAUCGCGAUGGGAGCCGAGCCGCUGCCCAGCGCCGACGAGGCCGCCACCGCCUUCGCAGAAGUCACCACGGUGACCGUGGCCAACGUUGGUGCCUCUGCAGACAACGUUUUCACUACUUCUGUGGCAAAUGCAGCUUCAAUCUCAGGGCAUGUGCUGUCUGGGAGAACGGCCCUCCAGAUCGGGGACAGCUUGAAUCCUGAAAAGGCCACUCUCAUCGUGGUUCACACCGACGGCAGCAUUGUAGAAACCACGGGGCUGAAGGGGCCCUCAGCACCUCUCACACCAGGGCCGCAGUCUCCUCCUACCCCUUUAACAACCGUCCAAGAAAAAACUGGAACCAAGUAUAACUGGGACCCCUCGGUGUAUGAGAACGAGCUCCCAGUGAGGUGUCGGAACAUCAGUGGGAUUCUGUAUAAAAACAGGCUUGGAUCAGGAGGCCGUGGCAGGUGCAUUAAGCAAGGGGACAACUGGUACAGCCCCACGGAAUUUGAAGCUAUGGCAGGAAGAGCCAGCAGCAAGGACUGGAAGAGGAGCAUCCGCUACGCUGGGCGGCCCCUGCAGUGCCUUAUCCAUGAUGGGAUUUUAAACCCUCACGCUGCCUCUUGCACUUGUGCCGCUUGCUGCGACGACAUGACUCUGAGUGGCCCAGUGCGACUCUUUGUACCCUACAAGAGGCGGAAAAAGGAGAAUGAAAUGCCUGCAACUCCAGGGAAGAAGGAUUGUCCCAAAAACAUCACUCUGCUCCCUGCCACAGCUGCCACCACAUUCACUGUGACCCCCUCUGGGCAAAUCACCACCUCCGGGGCCCUGACCUUCGACCGCGCCUCCACUGUGGAAGCCACAGCCAUCAUCUCAGAAAGCCCAUCCCAGGGGGAUGUUUUCACUGGAGCCACAGUUCAAGACACCAACGUGCAGCAGCCCUGCCGGGUCAGUCACCCAGAGCCUCACUACCCGAGCUACCAGGACAACUGCCAGAUUUCACCCUUCCCCGAGGCUGCGCUGCCCACAGCCCAUCCCAAGAUUGUGUUGACCUCCCUGCCUGCCCUGGCAGUGCCCCCCACCACCCCCACCAAGGCCAUGUCCCCCUCGGUGGUGAACGGGCUGGAGGUGACGGAGCAGCGGAGCUGGUUGUACCUGGAGGAGAUGGUCAAUUCCUUGCUCAGCACAGCCCAGCAGCUGAAGAGCCUGAUCGAGCAGGCCAAGCAGGCCAGCUCCUCCUUCCGAGAGGCUGCAGUCACACAGGCCAAAAUUCAAGCUGAUGUGGAGAGGAAAGAGCAAUACCAGAGCCAGUUAUUCCAGCAAACAGAAGAUGUGGAUGGGAAAACAGAAAUCAUCAUCAAGCAGUCCUGUGCCAACUGCGGCCGCGAGGCGAUGAACGAGUGCACGGGGUGCCACAAAGUCAACUACUGCUCCACGUUCUGCCAGCGAAAGGACUGGAAGGACCACCAGCACGUCUGUGGCCAGUCGCCCACGGUGACGGUGCAGGCUGACGAGGUGCACGUCACGGACAGUGUCAUGGAGAAGGUCCCAGUCUGAGCACACUCCCCCAGCCCUUGGGCAGCGCCGGGGCGGCCGCUGGACCGGCCCCCCCCACAGUCUGUCCUUUGCCAGACACACUCUUCUCACUACUGACUCAUUUUUUGAAAGACUUUUUAAUACUGUGACAGCGUUUGCCUGCUGCAGUCCUCUUCCAGAGCCUGGGAUAAUACAGAGACUGAAAACCUGAUCUGGAAGAAGCGAAUCCCUCCCAGCUGCAGCCCAGCUGCUGGCAGCCGCCUUCGGCUGCGGGAAGCCUUGACUCUGCCAGGCUGGAACCUCCACCGUGUGGAUGGCAGGGAUCUCCUCACCCCUCUGGAGGUGGGUCUAAAGCAGGUGCUGCAAUGAGCUCUGCCAGCAGGCCCUUCUCCCUGUGCCUCCCUACCUCGUGUUGGAAAAAAGAAACAGAACUUUGGUUUAUUUAAUUGCCUUGACAAAGUCAGUGCAGGUUUUUAUUUGCCAGUGGAAGGACUUGGGUUUUGUUUGUCUUUUUUUUUUUUUUUUCCCCCCCCCUGUGUUCCGUCUGUGCUGGACAAAUUUGGAACACAUUGGAGCUUCUGCAUUUGGAUAGAAGUGAAAAAUAACAUUGUUAAAUAAAAUGCAGAGAAAGCACAA